GCUUCAGGUUGUCAUCAGUGCCGCAGACCGUGAACCGUCUGUCAUUGUCAUUUGUCAUGGUUUUGUUUCGUAAUACCUAACUCACUAAUUGUGAAAAAUCAAGAUAUAUUAAUCUUAGUUUUCAUUGUUAUUAAAAAAAGUUAUUUGUAGAAAAUCUCUAACAAUGGCUGCUUUAAUAAAACUUCGCAAUAUAUCCAUAGUACAAAGAUCCCUUUGGAACCACAUCUCCAAGGCGAGCCGUAACAUUUCGACUUCGAAGAAGAAUAGCGACACAGUAACACAUACAGCGACUAGUGAAUGCCCAGAAGUACCAGUACCAGAAGACAAAAAUUGGGUCAGCUAUGGAUUCGAUUACACAAGCAAGGAAGAAGAUACGAACGCACAUCACUCAGCAUUCUUUUUUUCAGUGACUCUUUGCCUAGUAUUUGGUAGUUUUGCAUGGGCCUACGCUCCGGAUGUCCAUUUGAGAGACUGGGCUCAAAGAGAAGCUUACCUAGAACUGCACCGCCGUGAAAAAACAGGUCUUAAACCAAUUGAUCCUAAUUAUGUUAAUCCAAAGUCUGUGAAGCUACCGUCAGAAGAUGAACUUUGUGAUGUUGAAAUUAUCAUAUAAUUAAUUUGAAUACUAUUUUGUAGAGUUAUAAUGUUCUAGUAAAUCAUGUCAAAACCAUAA